CGAACGAAGAAUUUAUUGAAAUUGCAAGAAGUGCCAGAAAGAAAAAAUGUAUUUUAUUUGGAGUCAUUAUUAUGACUGCUCUUAUUAUAAUUAUCGCGAUCAUAAUUAAAAUUUUCAGCAUGUAUAGUAAUAAUUCUGCUCCUAUGUCAUUUUUGUAA